ACUCUGCGAAUAGGCGUAUCGGUUGGCCUCUUGCGCGGAGUUUGCGUAUGGCAUCUUCGUUCGAAAUGUUAUAACCUUCUGGUUUCAAAGAGUCGAUGACCUUCUCAGGCCCUUUUUCACUGGGCUCAGCUGAAACAGACUUUUCCCUAGGACUAGCCGCAGACGGUGGUGACUACUUAAAUUGGACAAUUCGACGUCUCCGUACCAGAAAGGGUGAAUACGCGACAUACCAACAAUGCUUUGGAUGGCGGAUCAGCAAGGUUGAUGUCCCCCUUAAGCUUCUCAGCAUCGCCUCGACGCAUGUACUUGCUCGGACGAUUGGCAAACUCCUCUGCCUGUGCCUUGCGCUUUGCGGCUAUUUCAGCCUUGAGAGCGUUCAUGCUGGGAGGAUUCGGUCAGCUCUCGCGCCAAGGAUGUUGAUCACGUGCGAGAGGCGUCGAGACAAACAGUUCGUAACAAUAUAUCAAUACCUCCAAUCGACAAGCACGUCGCGUCACGGGCGUGGAGAGUCCUUUCUGGGACGAUAUGCGUCGUCGAAAUGGCUCGAGAAAGGUUCCAGGUGUUAUUUUGCGCGAUAAGCCUAAGCAACCACGCGGUGUGACGUGCGAUGUGAUGUCCUCUGGCGAGGUCGAAUUUGAUUUAGACCAUUCUGGGGGCGCCCUUGAGAUAUAUACUGCGCAGGAUAUCCAAACUGGUGAGAGACCGUUCCAUGGCGUGAACGUCACUUGUU